AUGAUAAAAUUAUUUAAUAAUAAUAAUAAUUUAAUUAGAUUUCAACAAAUAUUAAAAAGAAAUUAUUCAAAUAAAAAAGUGAAAAAUGUAGAGGAUAUCAAUAUUGAUAGUAGUAAUGAUAAUAAUACAUUAGUUCAACAAUAUGUAAAUAAAGAAUAUGAAAGUUAUAAAAUUCAUAAACCAGUUUUUAUUAAAGAAGUUUUAGAGAUACUAAAUCCACAACCAAAUAAAGUUUAUAUAGAUGCAACAUUUGGUAUGGGUGGACAUUCAAGAGGUAUUUUAGAAACUUGUAAAGAUUGUUAUGUGAUUGCAUUUGAUAGAGAUCCAAAAGUUUUUGAAAUGACAAAACCAUUAAGAUCAGAAUUUAAAGAUCGUUUAAUCACUAUAAAUAGUACAUUUAGUUCAAUGAGAUCUGCGCUAAAAGAAAAAAACCUAGAUCAUCUUAAAAUAUCUGGUAUCCUUUAUGAUUUUGGUGUUUCAAGUUAUCAAAUUGAUACAGCUGAUAGAGGAUUCUCUUUUAAAAAAGAAUUAGAAGGACCAUUAGAUAUGAGAAUGAAUCAAAAUAGUUCACAAAUUACUGCAUAUGAUAUAAUUAAUACAUUUUCAGAGAAAGAUUUAAGAGAUAUUUUCUUUUAUUAUGGUGAAGAGAAACAUACUAAAAAUAUAGCAAAUGAAAUUUUAAGAAAGAGAAAGAUUGAACCAAUAAAGAAUACAAGUGAUUUAGUAAAGAUUGUAGAAUCAUCAAUACCUUAUCCAAUGGCAUUAAAAACCAUAUCAAGAGUAUUCAGAUCAUUGAGAAUGUUUGUAAAUGAUGAAUUGAAUGAAAUUAAAAUUGGUUUAACUCAAGGUGAACAAUUAUUAGAACCAAAUUCACCACUAUUAGCAAUUUCAUUUCAUUCAAUUGAAGAUAGAAUUGUUAAACAAUAUUUAAAUAAAUAUACAACAAUUGAAGAACCAACUUUUAAAUUCUCUCCAACCUAUAAAUCACCUAUUUUCCCAAGUAAAGAAGAGCUCGAAUGGAAUCCAAGAUCAAAAUCUGCUAUCUUAAGAACUGCAAUUAGAACUUCAAAUAAACCAAUUUCCUCAAAUUAUAAUAUUAUUUAA